AAUUAACCCAAGUUCUUACGUAGUCGAGUAAAUUACAGCUGACUGUCAACACUCAGCCAACUAGUUUGUGAAAAAUAGCAACUUCACUUCGUCCAAUUAACAAAAAUAAUAAUAAAUAAUUACCAGAGCGACUGUCUCUUACACGCGAAAAAUCAUUGGCUCUUAAGAUACCGAGGAAUUAUGUGAACCAGAUUAACUAUAAUUCAUCAAAGUUCAAGUUCACAAAUAUAAAUUAUACUCCCACAGCAAUUUACUGCCAUCAGCUAUUAGCUAAAAGUUUAAAGUUGAAGAUAAAAUUUAAGAAAUAAGGAUAUUAAAUCAUGACAUGGUUGGGCGACAUAGCAAACAACGUGUUCCGCAACAUAGUAUUUGGAGAUACGCCUCCGAAUAUCGUGUUGGAAGUGCGCUCGGACAAGUACAGCAACCGGCACAUCCACUGCCGAGAGGAGGGAAUAAUGUUGUAUGGCCCCGGGGACCGGAAUAACGACAAAUACGAGAUAGUAUUGCACCGGCCGUGUCAAGAAACGCUUUCCCAGUCGUUCAGUUUGUUCCGCUCGGAGAGCCUGGAAGUGGCCGAGGUUCGAUUCACGGUUUACAAGGACAAGGUCCCAGUUCUGGUGCAGCUUUGCAAGGAUCUGUGCAAUGUGGCGCGGAUCCAGAAGCUCUGCGACACUUUGUCGAACCACCCGACCUGGACCCUGGCACACUUGGCAGCCCACCUGGCUCUCUAUGAUGUGUUCAAGCACGCGGUGGUCAGCAAGGAACUCAAUACGUCUGAUCUUACCACGGGGAUAUCGCCCCUGCAAGUCGCGAUUCAAACGAACAAUCUGCAGAUGGUUGUGCAGCUGAUCAAUGAGCGGGCGUCCAUCGAGCACUUGGACUACACGGCGAACACGGUCUACCACUACGCCGCAGGAUCUACCAAGGACAUUAUAUUCGCGUUGGGCCCUAAUUCGCCCAAUGUGCUGAAUAGUCGCAACAGCCAGGGGCAAACUCCGCUGCAUGUCGCCUGCCACAAUGACAAACCGGAAUGUGUGAAAGCGCUGCUGAUGAUCGGAGCGGAUGUCAACAUUUCUGCGAGCGAGUCGACUACCAAUGGGCCCAGUUACGUGAGCGAUCUAAUGAGCGAUAAUGCGAAAUCCCUGUCGGCGGAAGAUAUGAAGUUCGGAGGCACUCCGCUGCACUGGUCAUCGAGCCGGGAAGUCGUUAACGCGCUUAUUGAAGUUAAUUGCGACAUAAAUGCGCUUAAUUUUGAUGGCAGAACGGCGCUACAUAUAAUGGUGAUGCGGAAACGCUUGGAUUGCAUAAUGGCGUUGCUCAGUCACAUGGCGACGAUAAAUGUUGCUGAUAAUCAGGGCAACACUCCGCUACAUUUGGCGGUGCAGAAAGGCGGGCUGCUGCCGAUAGUUCAAAUGCUGAUUGGAUUCGGCGCGGACAUUGACGCGAAAAAUUUCAACAACGAGACCCCGAGACACUUGGUCGACUUGAAGGGUGAGGGCGAGAAGAUUUUGUACACGCUCCAUGCAGUUGGGGCAAAGCGGUGUGACAGCACCAUGAAGGAUUGCGGACUGGGGUGCAGGCAAGGUGAGACUUUUCAUGGAAUAGCGCCGCCAGAGCCCCCUACGUCGAUACCGCGGACUAUUUUGGACCAGAUGUUGUAUGUGGCGAGCAUGGCCAAGAUGGCGUCGCAAGGAAAUAGCAAGUUGAGAGGUGGCAGGCUGCUGUGUCUAGAUGGCGGUGGCAUACGUGGUCUAGUUUUGGUCCAGACCUUGAUCGAAAUUGAGGCCGUGCUCCAAAAACCUAUUGUGUCAUGCUUCGAUUGGAUUGCGGGAACUUCUACUGGAGGAAUCCUUGCGCUAGGGUUGGCAGCUGGUAAGAGUUUGCGUGAAUGUCAGGCUCUGUAUUUUCGAAUAAAACAAGACGCGUUCGUGGGAUCGAGACCCUACAGCAGUGAAAAUCUUGAAAAGGUUCUGAAAGAUUGCUUGGGAGCUGACACAGUUAUGGCAGACAUCAAAGUACCGAAACUCAUGAUAACUGGAGUACUUGCCGAUAGGAAGCCAGUAGAUCUUCAUAUUUUUCGUAAUUAUUCAUCACCUAGUUAUUUGAUGAAGAUUCCGCCCAAUCCUAAAUUUAAGGCGACUCUGCUGCCAGAGGAACAACUGCUUUGGAAGGCCGCGAGAGCCACUGGAGCUGCGCCCUCGUACUUCCGGGCAUUCGGGCGCUUUCUCGACGGAGGCCUGAUUGCCAACAACCCAACGCUGGACGCGAUGACGGAAAUCCACGAGUACUGCUUGGCUCUCAAAGCUGUGGGCCGUGAAGAAGAGGCGACUCCGCUGUCUCUGGUCGUUUCUUUGGGCACCGGAGCGAUUCCAGUGUCGCCGCUUAAAGACAUUGACGUUUUCCGUCCAGAAAGUCUUUGGGACACCAUGAGACUCGGAAUGGGAAUUUCGGCCCUAGGGACAUUGCUCGUCGAUCAAGCGACCGCAGCCGACGGGCGCGUAGUUGACCGGGCCAGAACCUGGUGUUCCAUGGCCGGAAUCCCGUACUACCGCUUCAAUCCUCGGCUAUCCACUGACGUCACCAUGGACGAAAAGAAUGACGAAAUCCUCGCUGAUAUGAUUUGGACCGCCAAGGCCUUCAUGCACGCAAACAGGGACCAGGUCAAAGAGCUCGCGGCUGUGAUGUCUAGAGAUCCAUAAUUUUUUAUCUCUUCUUUUAUUUUUAUCUUAUUGAUAAAAUAGCUCUAAGUAGCUCCAAGAAAUCUCACUCUCUACAGAAAGAUCAGCUCUCUGAUUGGUCCUUCCAAAACAUAGCCUAGAAACUCAGAAAUUUUCUCAACUUAAAAUUUCAUUCAUCAAGAAUCUGUUUUAAAAAAACUAAAGCCUAAGAAUAUUUAUAUAGUCAAGUCCGUAAAAGAGUGAUUUUUUCCCCACCAUUUUUCUACAAAGUCAUUACUGCGCAUGCGCGUUAGUGUGAAUUCAUGCACUUCAUCAUAACCAUAGUGGAAGGAAAAACCAUUCUUUUGCGGACUAAUACAUAAACUAGAAUAAUAAUUUUUUUUUUUUCAGUUCUUGUUUCUGUAGGACCAAUUUGAUGGUCGGCCCAGCGAGUAAGUCACCGGAGUAGACCUGAGAUUAAAAUCUUCACGCAGAGUAAGUCGCCGUCGGGAACUUUUGGGUUGUAAAGUUAAUUUGUUUUACCGACGUGAGAUUAGUCUAGUUUUUAAUGAGUCGGGGUAAAAACCGACGGCGACUUAUUAUCUGGGAGGAUUUUAGAUGAAUUUAAUAGUAGUGGCGGUAUUUUAAAACCGGCGCUGACUUACUCACUAGAGGCCCUAGCGGAUCUGAAUUACAGUAAAUAUUCGCAUCUUACGGUAAUUUAUGGCGGAUUACGGCAAUUUAUCGUAAUUUGCAACAUUUUUACCGUAAGCACCGUAUGCUUUUUUAUUUUUACUGUGCGAUACUUUACUUUACGGUAAAUUACCGCUCGUUUACUGAAAACUUAGGGUUAAAAUGCUGCGAAAUGCCGUAAUUCUUCCGAAUAGCGGAAAUUACGGUAAUUUACCGUAAUUCGAAUCCGCCAGGGGGACCAUAACCUAGAACUUUCGUUAAGUAAACUUGCUUUGUAUAUAUUGGUAAUGUAAAUGAAUUAUGUAACCCGUUAAUUAGAAAAUUAACAAGGCUGUUAAAUCUUCCUCAGUUAACUCAUUAAAUUACUAACCUUCAAAACUAAUUACUUUUAAAAAAAUCAAUUAUGCCAUUGAGUUUUUGUACAUUUUAUAGACUUUAACCUUCGAAUUCCUAGAUAUAUGAAUAUAUGUGCAUGGUUCAAGUUUCACAUAAAAUCUAAUAUAUAUAUAAAGUGUAUUAAUGUUGAAUAGAUAAAGAAUAUCUUACACAAAUCAGUUAAUUU